UUCUUGGUGGGCGGGACUUGAUAGUAGUGCCUCUGGGCCCGAGCCUGUCAUUCCCGGGCGGAUCGUUUGUUGUCAAGAUGGAGUUCUUACUUGGAAAUCCGUACAGCACUCCCGUGGGCCAGUGUAUAGAGAGGGCCACAGAUGGAGGCCUACAGAAUGAGGACUGGACCCUCAACAUGGAGAUCUGCGAUAUCAUAAAUGAAACAGACGAGGGGCCGAAAGAUGCUAUGCGGGCACUGAAGAAGAGACUGAGCGGCAACAAGAACUACAGAGAAGUUAUGCUUGCGCUAACAGUAUUGGAGACAUGUGUGAAGAAUUGUGGUCACAGGUUUCAUGUUCAGGUGGCCAACAGAGAUUUCAUUGAUGGUGUUUUGGUAAAGAUCAUCUCCCCCAAAGCCAAUCCCCCAACUAUUGUACAAGAUAAAGUGCUGUCUCUUGUACAGGCCUGGGCCGAUGCCUUCAGAAGCAGUCCUGAUCUAACUGGGGUGGUCCAUAUUUAUGAGGAACUAAAGAGGAAAGGUGUCGAGUUCCCAAUGGCAGACCUGGAUGCAUUGUCUCCAAUUCACACACCACAGAGGGGCACACCAGAGGUGGAUCCAGCCAUGGUCAAGUACCUUGCGCCAGCCUCACCUGCUCCCGUGACUCCUAAACCUGCCUCACCCAUUCCCCCUGCCACGCAGGUCUCUGAAAUUCCUAGCCCCAUUACAGCAACCUCUGAACAGAUUGCCCGGCUCCGUAGUGAGCUGGACAUAGUGAGAGGAAACAUCAAAGUCAUGUCAGAGAUGCUAACUGAGAUGGUCCCAGGUCAGGAAGAGGCUUCUGACCUAGAACUGCUUCAGGAGCUGAACAGAACAUGCCGAGCUAUGCAGCAGAGAGUGGUCGAGCUGAUUUCACGGGUCUCUAAUGAAGAAGUGACUGAGGAGCUACUACACGUCAACGAUGACCUCAACAAUAUUUUCCUCCGAUAUGAGAGGUAUGAGAGGUACAGGUCCGGUAGAGCUGCACAGAACAAUGGGCUGAUGGAGAUGUUAACUGAAGCCACAGAGGACAACUUGAUAGACCUGGGCCCAGGCUCCCCAGCUGUGGUCACACCCAGGAUCACAUCCAGCCCUCCACCUAUCGCCACUGUUGGAGCCACAGCUUCCCCUGCCCACAACCCCACUGCAUCAUCGCUGUCCACUGCUCUAGCAGGUCUUGAUGUAGGCUCAGAAAGCGUGAGCGGCACCCUGUCGUCUCUGUCGGGCCAGAACAAAGAUGACUUUGACAUGUUCGCACAGACCAGGGGCAGCUCUCUGGCUGAACAGCGCAAAAAUGUAAAAUAUGAAGACCCUCAGGCUCUGGGUGGCCUGGCCUCUGCUUUGGGUGUUAGACAACAGAAUACAGGAGGGCUGAGGGUAAAAGGGGAUGAUAACCCAGCAGAUCAGGAGCUGCCCAUAGACAGCUGGCUUAUUACCCAAGGAAUGAUCCCAGUAUCGCAGUCCUCUGUAAUGGAUGACAUAGAGGAGUGGCUCUGUACUGAUGUGAAAGGUGAUGCUGCUGAAGAAGGGGUCACCAGCGAAGAGUUUGAUAAGUUCCUGGAGGAGCGAGCUAAGGCUGCAGACACUGUGCCAUCCCCCCCAGGACCUAACACUGCUAACCUUGCUCACCCCGCCCGUGCCCCGAGUGGCUCCCAUAAGAAGACUGAACGGACGGAAGAUGCCCUCUUUGCCUUGUAGACUGUUCUCAGAGAUCCACGGUUUCUCUCCAGGGCAUCUAAAGGUCUUUGCCCAAAAUGACACCCCCCCCCCCCCC